AUGGAUGAGGGCUCAGACAAGGCCCCUCGGCGCAAGAGGGUGUCCCGAGCCUGCGAUCGCUGUCGCAGCAAGAAGGACAAAUGUGACGGUAUUCGUCCUACAUGUUCCGCCUGCCGAGCAUCCGGCCAAUCCUGUUCAUACGAUCCCCAUGCGAAGAAACGCGGAUUACCCGAGGGCUACGUCCGGGGUCUGGAGAAGCUGUGGGCGCUGUCGAUCUGCAACAUUGAGGGAUUCGAGGACACCAUGCUGGCCAUGCUAGGAACCACCACCGAGUCUGCCGGCCGUCGCGAGAAAUUGAUGUCGGUGUGGUCGGAUGACAGUGCGUCGGAGAGCUUACAUGAAUCCUGGAAGACGAGUCGGCUAUAUGGGGCGCUGGAGAAGAUGCUCUCCAAUUUCGAUGCGCCACAAGGAGUGGUGACGGGAAAGAGAUCGCGAAACCCGCAAGAUGAUCAGGACGGUCAGUGGCUCCGGGUAGCUCGCAGCUCAACUCUCGGACCGGAUGCGCCGCGCGUGGUGGGGCCUUCUCCUGCGUCCCCUGGGGUCAAACGAGCGCGAUUGUCCCCAAACACGGAGACAUGGGGUGCUUCAACCAGUCUCCACACGUUGCAGCUACCCCAGCAUACCUCGCAGCUACUCGAUAUCUAUUUUGCCGUAACACAUUCAUGGCUCCCCAUUGUCGCUAAACACAACAUCCUUCGCGCUUCUUACGUCUAUGCCAACUCCCCUGUGUCUGUUGCAACAGCGUCCCCGGGAUCCGGUGAUCAUGCCGCACUGUGGGCAAUACUAAGUUAUACCAUCACUCAAUCUCGAACCAAUUCACGGGCCGGCCCCGCUGGAAAUGUUGCUCUGGUGAAAGAAUACUACACUGUGUCGCGAAGCCUCAUUCCCGCGGAGAACGAGCGCUAUGAACUUGGCCAUAUCCAGGCAUUGUUGCUCCUGUCCUUGGUUAACAUGGGCCUGGAAGACUGGACUGCGGCUUGGCUGCUGAGCGGCCAUGCAGUGCGCAUGGCGCUUGCCAUGGGCCUGGGUACUUCCACCGAUAGCCGGCGGUCUGAUGAACUCAGACAGGGCAAGGUAGUAUACUUGGGAUGCUUUGUGAUUGACUCAUUGCUUUCUUUCCGACUAUCUCGAAGUCCGGCCAUGCCGCCCGGUGAUCUGUCCUCUAUUGGUCUCUUGGAGGAAGAUGGCCUGGAGGAAUGGAACUCUUGGGUUGAUGUGCUACCACCCACAGGCGCUGCACAGGGCAGCAAGAAUCCUCCGCGUCGAGGACCACUAAUGGCUCUGAGUUGCUUCAAUCGCUUGGUUGAAUUGGCAAGUGUUCUCAACAACAUCUCUCGGAACAUGCACUCGGGGUUGAACAUGGCCACCUUUGCCCAGCAAUUAGUGGUGGAGCUAAAAGAUGGGAUGACCUCUUACCCCUUGGAUGUCGUCUUAUUGGGCCAGAAAGCAUUUAUCCAGAACGGCACUCGGCUCUGCUUCCCCAUCAGAGCUACCUCGGGCUGA